AUUUCGGCAUAUUUCGUUUCCAAUUCAUUUAUUCUUAUCUUUUAGAAAUUCCGAUUCCUCGGCCAUUUUACGCCACCAUCUAUGUAAUCUUCCUGAAACGCAAAUUCUUCACAAUCUGAAGAAUUCAUGGACAGUUCAACAACUUCGAGCGUUCAUAUCAAUGAAGUCGGGAAGGAUGAGAUAAAGAAAGAUGUAUACUCGGUGUGGGCGCUUCCGCCAGAGGACGUGAGGCCGGGGCUCAAGAAGUUAAUGAACGAUCUCAGAUCGGAGUUCGGUGGACCGGAAUUUGAGCCGCACGUGACCGUUGUAGGAACAAUUAGCUUGACGGAGAGAGAAGCACGUGACAUGUUUAACAAGGCUUGCGAGGGGCUUAAGGCAUAUAAUGCUAAUGUAGAGAGAGUUGCCACUGGGACUUUCUUUUAUCAGUGUGUUUUUCUUUUGCUUCAACCCACGCCUGAGGUAAUGGAGGCUAGCGCUCACUGCACCAGUCAUUUUGGUUACAAGGCCUCAACAACUUAUAUGCCCCAUUUGAGCCUCCUAUAUGGGGAUCUAACUGAUGAGGAGAAAAUGAAAGCUCAAGAGAAAGCUAUUGUGCUCGACAAGGACAUCAGAAACUUGAGCUUCCAGAUAUCUCUCUUUGCGUUGUACAAGGUUGACACCAAGGACAAAAGUUGCAAAUCGUGGGAGAAGGUGGCUGAAUGCAAACUCAAUCCUAACUAGUUUACACAGAGUAUUUGGACUCUUAUCCGUUAGUUCUUGUAAGUCAUGAAAAAGAUGAUGGUUAUAUAAAUUGCCGAUAUCAGUGCCUCAUUUUGUUUUAUGCCCUUUCUGAGUUGCUUUUUCUUUGAGUUCCAGGAGUUAAAGUAGAACAUAGUCUCUGGCUUUGCGAGAAGGAACCAUCAACAUAGUUAUAUAUAUAUAUUUCAGUUCUGUAAUGCUGAUAAUCGAAAUAAGAGGGGCAUAAUAAGCAUUUGUACAUUGUUUGGUACACAGUACAUACAAUGCUUCUUAUCAAAAAGCAUGAGUGGAUAGGAACUUGUGGUGGAUUCGAAAUCAUGGGGAACAUGCAACGCCUUCUUUCUUCCACUACGUUCAGUUGGGAGGACUGUUGGACCCUGGCCAGUUUGGGGCAUAACCCGUGGUUUACUUGGUUUACGUGAAGAAGGAUUGGAUCGUAGGCCCCAAGAUUAGUCGUUGUAUGUUGUAUGGAAUCAUAUGAGAUGAUCUUUGUGAAUUAGUACAUUUUUAUAUGUUCGUAAUUUAAUCAGAUUAGAUUCA